UGUAGCGAGGGGCGGCGACGCGGGAGCCCGCAGUCAUGCUGAGAGCCUCAGCGGAGUCACCGCACACACGCCGCGACAUCUUACGUUACGAAAAAAAAUCGUUCCGUGACAAUUUAGCCGAAAAACGCAUGUCACACACGAUAAAUAAACGCAUAUACGCACGUGAAACAAUCACGUUAACGUUAUAACGACGCGCCAAACACUGUGAUAGUAUUGAUCUAGUUAGUUGAGGAUACUGAAAAUUAUUUUAUACACAGUUUUCAUAGUUAUGUACGUUCAGUGUAGUGAUCAUAUUUUCCUGUGCGUAUAACAACAUUAGUGAUACUGCCGUUUGGGAAACUAAAGACUGGAUUUCUGUUUAUUGCAAAGGUGUCGCGAGCAGGAGAGGAGAGUUAUGGUAACGAGGGCGCUAUCGAGGACGUGACGAGUUCUGCGGGCGAAGAGAGAGUGAGAUUCGCAGCGCCGGCGACAGCGGGGCGCUCCCGCCGCGUGGAUGGUGGCGGGCGAGUGGGGCUAUGCGCCGGCGUCGGCCGCCCCCGCCAUGAACGCCUUCCUCGAGACCAACCACGCGCACCUCGCGUCCUACGGCCUGAAGAUGUCGCCGCAGCCCGGGUGCGGCGUGGGCCAGCACCGCGCCGCCGCGCCGCACGCGCCGGCGCACCACCCGCCGCACUACCAGCCCUACCCGCUGCACUCCUACCAGCCCGGGUACCUGCGCGAGUACGGCGGCUGCGGCGAGCUGUUCCCGCAGCAGCCGCUGGAGCAGAGCUGGGACUGGCGCGGCGACGUGCACUACCAGGGGGGCGCGCCGCCGCUGGUGCCGCAUGCGCACGCCCACGCGCCGCACGCGUUCCUCCGCUACGUGCGCGCGCCGCCGCGCCGCGACAUGCGCUGCCAGUGGCUCGACCCCGAGCAGCCUCCUCCGCGCAAGCUGUGCAACAAACUGUUCUCGAGCAUGCACGAGAUCGUGACGCAUCUCACCGUGGAACACGUCGGCGGACCCGAGUGCACGACCCAUGCUUGCUUCUGGCAGGGCUGCUCGCGGAACGGAAGGCCGUUCAAGGCGAAAUACAAACUAGUGAAUCAUAUACGCGUGCAUACAGGAGAAAAACCGUUUCCCUGCCCGUUCCCUGGAUGCGGCAAGGUGUUUGCGAGAUCAGAAAACCUCAAAAUCCACAAGAGAACGCAUACCGGUGAAAAGCCGUUCAAGUGUGAAUACGCCGGCUGCGAUCGAAGAUUCGCGAACUCGUCGGAUAGGAAGAAACACUCGCAUGUGCACACCUCCGACAAACCUUACAACUGCCGCGUGCACGGCUGCGACAAGUCGUAUACGCACCCGUCCUCGCUGCGCAAGCACAUGAAGGUGCACGGCGCCGCGGGCGACGCCUCACCGCGAUACGACAGUGACGGCGACGAUUCCUCUUCUGCAGGCAGCGUCAGCGUCACCGCCGGCGCCGCCAGCCCACUCGCGCCCCUCCCUCCUCCACCCCCGGCCCCCGCACCCCCUCACCCACAUCACCCGCACCACCACCCCACCAUCACAGACAAACUAGAAAGCCUCAACGACAAAUACCUCAACCCCCACGACCAAAAACCUUACGAAAGACCACCAGCCCCCCCUCAUCAACACCAUCAACCGCAUCUCACCAAUAUCGGGGGCAACGGUGUCAUGGACAAUAAACUAGGUUUCGGUGGCCACUGGACGCAGUUCCAGCAACCGGCCCCGACCGUGCCCCACGGAGUGCCUGACUGGUGGUGUCCCACGCAGGAGUCCUACCACCACCAUCAUUUGAUGCACCACUCUGGUGCAGCUGCUGCGUACUGACCGCAUCGCGCUUAGGGAACUCUUCAUUCGACGGCUAGACACCGAACGCUUCUAUGUAGCUAAAAUAGAAAAAUCUAAUAAAUUACUUAUUAUUUUUCAAUGUUUCUGUAAGAAAUAAAAUCUGGUUAAAAUAGAAGAUCUCACGUUGCCGACGUGGAAUGAAAAGUUCGCUAAAGCGCAUCCAGUGUUUAGUGCUACUGAAAGUGCAUACGCUUAUUUAUGAAUACUAAAUAGUCCGUACAAAUCCGACCAUUCUAAAGUUCCAGACAACAACCGUCCUAAAGUUUUAAUUAAUGUGUCCCAGACUCUAUCUCUAAAUAAAUUAUUUGGAAGUUGUAACAAUGUAGUCGUGACAAUAGAUGGUCGUACUGUUGUUUGCGCUAAGACAACGAGAUUAGAGACAAUGACCACUAGUUGAAUGUUUUACAGCGUGUUGUAUAUUUCCGUAAACAAAGUCUCGCAAGAUGCCCCUUAAUUUGGUGAGUUUCUGGGUAUUGUCCGUUAGGAUCUUGGGAGCCUUUGUGAUGGAACACGCUACAAUGUACAGCGUAGAUUUUUGUCAACAGUUUUGUUGACAGUGAUUUAUUGCAGCCUUUAUUUAGAGUAAGCAGUGAUGUACAAACAAUAUUAUUAUAAAAAAACUAUCGAGAAAACAAAAUAAGUGGAGGCAACAAAAGAAUCAUAUUUAAUUUAUACAUCAAAACACGUAUAAUAAACUCUACAUUGUCUUCGCUUAAUAACUAGCAAAAUAUUUGAAACGAAGCCUUGUCUUGUAACAUAAAUUUAUUAAUGAUCAGCAUGGCCAAAGCACCGAAGUCUAAUAAAACUACGAUUUAUAGGUUGUAAAAUUGUGUAAAGUAACUUUAAGAUAGGUAACGUCUCGUGUAAAAAUAAUAAAUUAUAAAUACCCAGUGAUAAUAGAAUAAGGGAUUGAUUUUAUUGUAAAUUACUCGCGUAGUUGCUAUAUUAUUGUGCUACUAUUCCUGAACUAUAUGAAUAUGUAUGUAUUUCAUAGUAUACUAUUUUUUCACGGACCGACAUUUUAGAUAAAUAAAUAAAGUUGAACCUAUGUCUAUAAUAUUAUAAAUAAAUGACUGAAAGAGC